ACAAGAUUUAAUUUGACAGAUUUCUGUUUGAACAAAAUGUCUUUCCUUUUUUUUCUCUGAAGCACUUGACAGAAAGUCUUUGAACGUGAUGCAAUCAGAAUGUGUCAACAAGUCGAGUGGUUGAUUGCACUUUGACUUAUCUUUAUUUGCUCAACCAGUUCUUUAAAAGGCAGACGGGGCUUCUCAUUGCAUCUGUCGACGAAGAUGGGGAGCUUUUCUGUUCUGGUAGGCCUGCUACUGGCCAGCAGCUUUUCCUUCAGUAAAGCAUGCAAUGAAGAGCUCCUGGAGAAUAUUGAUUUUCCCGGUACAGAUAUAACCUUCCUCUUCUCUCCUUCUGCGACCCACUGUCAGUAUCUGUGCACCCAGCACCCCUCAUGUCUCUUCUUCACCUUCAUCCGGCCCGACUGGACCACAGACAACAGGCACUUUCACUGCCUCCUCAAAUCCACCCCGUCCGGGCAGCCAAACUCCCAAGUUCCACUUCAAGGCGUGACCUCUGGCUUUUCUCUCAAGUCCUGCAAUCCAGACCCACGGCCUGAAUUUGCUGAGGUGUUUCAGAACGUGGACUUCGCCGGGGCAGACUACUUUGCCUUGUUCACGCCUGACCAUGAAGAGUGUCAGAGAGUCUGCACAGAGGACCCUGGAUGUCAGUUCUUUACUUUUUUAGAAAAGGAGUUCCCAGACCAGAAAUUCAGGUACAAGUGCCACCUUAAGUUCAGCUGGACCAUCCCAAGGGCUCCCAUUGUUGAAAGAACGACAGGAGUCACAUCUGGAUUUUCCCAUACGUCAACACCGCCUCAACAAACUGGCAUAUCGUGUCAGGAGCAACUUUUUCCUAACACCGACUUCCCUGGAAGCGACCUUGAGCAGCCGAAGGCCGUUUCUCCACAACACUGCCAGUCCCUGUGUUCUGCUCAUCCAAAGUGCACCUACUUCUCUUUCUCCAGCAGUGACUUCAGAUGCUUUUUGAAGAACAACCCCAACGAGUUGACAGCUCAACCAAAAGACGGAACCACAUCAGGACUACCCGCACGCUUGUGUGAUCUUGAUCAAAUCUGGGCCAGAGAGCUUUAUGUAGGUGUGGAUUUCCGUGGCUCUGACAUUCGAUUUGAGCUGACGGACGAUGCAGAGCUCUGCCAGAUGAAAUGUGUGGAGGAUCCCAACUGCCAGUUCUUCACCUACCUCGAUGAAACCUUUGCUGACCGUGCCUCUCGGCGCAGGUGCUUCCUGAAGAGAGGCAUCACCAUGCCAGCACCUCCGAGAGUCAACAAACUGAACAACGUAGUGUCUGGUUUCAGGCUGAGGAAAUAGAGACGCGCAAUUGUGUAAAACAUAAGAAAGGUUUGGAAAUAAACUUUUGUUGACGGAAAUUAUUUGUUCCUUUCAAACAAAUGUAUUUUUUUUUUUUUUUUUUUGUGAAAAUAAAUCAUGAAAAGGAAAAUGUUUUGUCUAGAUUUUUUUGCUCAUAUUUAACAAGAUUGUGAUAUUUUUAGCAAAACAAUAAAAGACCAUGACCAGACA